GUCUUCAUUUUAGGCCGCAGGCGCCUUCGGCAAUGGGUAACCGCACCUUUGACUGACCCUGAAGCGAUCCGCCUUCGCCAGGAGGCCAUACUUGUUCUCAUCAGUCAUAGCGAGUUAGCUCGUGGGCUCCGAGAUGAUUUGAAACACCUUCCUGACCUUGAAAGGCUUCUAAUCAGGCCAAAUCCUUCGCUUUCUGGUCCCAACCUUCUCCUGUAA